GUACCUACUACUAGUAGUAUUUGCUACCUAUUUGCUACCUAUCUGCUACCUAUCUGCUACCUAUCGCUUGCACGCGGAACUGACUUGGUACUUGACUUACCAACAUUGAUGCAGAUAGAGGUAUGAAAGAGGAACAGCACAGCCGCCAAGACAUGAACGAUCCAAGUUGCAACAUCGAAGCUGAUAAACAGGCCUAGUCGUCAUUGAAGAAUAUCUCAACUUUCAUUUUAAUUCAUCUGAUCCUCAUAUCUCCCUAGGUAUCCAUCAUGGCGGCCAUCACUAACCUUCCUAUCGAGUUACUCCAGCUCAUCGCUGGAAGAUGUUCUGCCUCGGAUAUCAUAGCCUUGAGUUCGACAUGCCGUUACCUCAACAGAGCGUGCGACAGCCCUGCCGUCUUCCAAAUGUCGUUUGAGCUCUAUCUCCCCGAAAUUACGUCAACUGCCUUCAAGGACAAGAGUGCGCUGGUACGCUUCAUGAGAGACUAUAUCGAGGGACCGAAGAAGCCCUGCCAGCGUAAUGAAGGGCCGAAAAUGGCCUGGCUAUGCCUUGCCAUGGCUAUCUCUCGACUUCCGCGCUUUUCAUCUGAAUUAGAGCAAGUGGCAUCUACUGUAAAAGCUCAGGCGGCCCUAAGGAUUCCGGAGUUAAGUGAAGAUACCCAGGAGUCUCUAGAGGGGCUUAUGGCUUUUCUAUCUACCUUACUAGUUUGGGGAUACACAGACAUUGAGAAGGCGGGCGUUGGUACUCUACUUGACGAUUUAUGUUCCAUCUUCUUUCCUCGCACGCCGACAAUAAACUAUCUGAGGAUUGACCAGUCCAUGGAUGGGGAACAUCCUCUGCAGUUCGCCUUUUGCUUGGCUAUGGCCAAUCUCGAGAUAUGUCAGCCAUCUUACACGUCUAGUCUCUCCUCCGGAGAUCCAAGAAACGACCUGGCUCCCAAUAUGGUUCGCCUCAUGAAUGCCGUAGGCUACAAGGGCCACAUGUUGGGCCCAGGAUAUGAGACAUUCCGAACAUCUUGGAUUGGCAAACAGACACACGGGCUUUUCAUCUCUACAUUUAUAACGCAGAACGUCUAUUACGGAUUACAAGGUAGAAAACCCAACAUUUUUUCUCGCCUUAUAAGCAUUGCAAUGAUGACCAGAAAAAAAAUAGCUUCCAACCAGCUGCCGAGCGUGAAGAAGAUCGAAUUCGUCCCCUCUUGGUAUCUUACAGGUGACACGUCCCCGACUGCUGAGCAUACAACUCCAUCGGGAGCUACCAGUCUUCGACCACGGUUUCCCAUGGUUAGUCCUAAUCGUGUAGCUAUCUCGGGGAAGAAGGGGCGUUAUUUCCACCCCUUCUCCGGCGACGAAUGGUGGGCUUGGUACACGACACGAGUGCGCAAUCUGGCGAGACAUAUCGAUGAGGGAGAGUGGUGUGGCUACUACACGUACGAUCUACAUUUGGGGAGCCGUGUAGACCCGAUCAUGGAGAAUAUACGCUUUCGCAGAACUAACCCGGACGAAGACACAAACGGAGACACGGACGGAGACACGGAUGGAGACACGGAUGGAGACAAGUACUCAGUCGAGGCACUGGACUGCGUAGAUGGAAUUGGGAGCUUUACGUUGCGUGGUGUAGUGAACGCCUCAGAUGCGGCCUGCACUAUUCAGAUUCGGAAGGAAUACGCCAACCAUGGAUUCGACUGGCAGGGCCGAGUUACGCCGCUAGGAAUCUGCGGCACCUAUAGUCACUGGUGGAAUCGCACAUUACAGCCUAGUGGGUAUUUCUGGCUUUGGAAGAGAGAGUGGAUGGACGCUCCUGGUAUGUAGACGCGUUGGAUUCCAGUAUCUACCUAGGUAAAGCUGUGAUUAUUACAUGUAAAUCGUUCCUUAUGGGCAGGAAAUUGGAGGACAUAGGGCGAAAGAAAUAAUAAGGGGCGGGAACUUGGGCGGCUAUCAAUCUGGUUUCAUUUUCUCUUGGUUUUCCUAAUACCUGCCUAGGUAGUGUUCACGUCGCCGGCCAGAACAUGGUCAAUGACUUUUCAUAUAAUGAUAUAUGUACCGUGGAAGGCUUAUCACAUACUCUAGGUAGGACAAUAAAGAGCCCAAACGGGUAUGCAAAGCGUACCUACAAUAUGCCUACCUAGGUAUUUAGCCCACGAGAAAGCGACUGCACGGCGUUUCCUUUAAAUGAAACAAUUGCACAACUCAAGAUUGAACGCCUCCCCUUCCGGAUCCGGGAAGCGGGAUAGCAUACCUAAUGUGGGUGAGCAUAACGGAUAGAUAGAUAAAUACCUAGCAUUGCUGGAAGAUUAAGGUUGAUUCCCUCUAAUCUUAACCAGCAGACCAGGCC